AUGCUGAAGCUUGUUGCUCUGGCUCUCCUGGUUUUCUUCGUAGGUGAAAGCAAACAAGACAACUUUUUUGAACCGUAUCUGGCAUGGUUUGGUCUCAAGGGUACAUACAUUCCUUACCUGAACGACGAUGUAAAGGAAAUAGAACGUUACAAAGGUAUGUGAGAGGCUUGUUGUUGAAAAAUUAGUAAAACCGAGCGUAUCCUUGCCCCAUUGACCUAACUGUUUGACAAAGUAAUGAAGUUUCUGCUAACUUUAUUUAUUCAUCGACUACUGUGUUGCAUGUGUUUCCACUGAUAAUGGUUACUUUUUAACCCUAAAGCCUAUAAGAAGAAGGCUCAGGAAGGAUUGAGAAAUCAUUGUAAGUUACCAAUUGCAUUCUUUUUGUGGUUUUGCCUAAAAAAAACCGAUCCCAGCAAAGACCAGUAGGUCCUCUCGAUCUGUUUAUCUUCAUGAGUGCAUUUAUGUAAGAGAAUGCUGGAUUUACACAUAGUAGAAUAGCGUGGUCUACUGCGCAGUCAUUUAAAAACUAUAGAAUAAAGUACACCAUUUGUGCUUCCUGUCGAGUGAGUCGGCAGCUUGAAGUGUCAAAGGAAGAUCAGAACUUUAUUAGUCCCACUCUUUCAGACAUGUUUUGGGUAGUGCAUUGUCAGCCUUAAACAUCACGUGUUCUGGCCUACCUACUGGGUUUUGUUUUAAAGACAUUAUGAGAAUGUCAGACGCCCACCUCAAAUUUCAAGACGAUUAUUGGAAAUAUUACGUAAACACAUAAAUUGGAGGGGGAGGGGGUUUUCCACUAGUAACUUUAUAAGUUCUGGUUGCCUUACUUUCAGUCGCGAAACAAAGAGAACAAAUGAGGAAGAAGUUCGAACUCUGA